CCAGCCGCCGCGGCGCUCGAGCGUCCUCCCGGAUCCCGGGAUACGAUAGUGAUGUGCUGUGUGUGUGUUGUGUAAUUUUUGGAAUACGUUCCGUACAUGGCAAAGAGCAGUUGUAAACACUAAUCCGAAAUGAGAUGAGUAUGCGCGUCUCUUGGGCCAGGUGGUAUUGGAUAGUUAUCUUCACAACGUGCACCGCAAGGACGGCCAGUGAUUGGCUUGAUUGCGCCCACAUUGUGACCUGUCGUUGCAAGUGGUCCUCGGGAAAGAAAACGGCCACGUGUGCAUCCAGUGACUUACGCCGCCCACCAUCUCUUUCUUCAGAUAUCCAAGUACUGGAUUUACAUGACAACCCGUUAAGAAAUCUACCACAAGAAGUUUUUUCGAAUAUUGGGCUCCUUAAUUUACAAAGGAUAAAUUUACGAGCAACUAAACUUAGAUCUAUACACGCAGAUGCUUUUUUAGAAUUAAGGAUAUUAAUAGAAGUUGAUUUAGCUGAUAACGAUUUGGCGAUAUUGCCACGGAAUAUAUUCAGAGGUAACGAGAGAUUACGUCAAGUGGUAUUGAGUAACAAUCCAUUAACAGUUUUAUUCACGAACCAGUUUCCACCGCUUCCCCAUUUGCGGAUGCUUAUGUUAGAUGGGUGCAGAUUAAGACAAAUUCAAACCAACGCCUUGCGCAAUUUAAAAUCUUUAGAGACGAUAGACUUACGAAGAAACCAAUUAACAUUCCUACAACUGGCUACUUUCCAGCCUGUAUCUUUGCCAGCUUUAAAGACUAUGUUUUUAUCUGGCAACCCAUGGCGUUGUGAUUGCCGAUUGCGCGAAUUUAAGGAUUGGUUUUUGGAUAGCACUUUAGGCACAGAAGAAUUAGUAUGUGUGGAGCCUUCAUCUCAAUCUGGAAACAAAUGGAGAAACGUGCCUAGUGAUAUAAUGGCUUGCCCUCCUGAAAUCAAAUCAAGCACACUGGUUGUUAGAGCAGAGGUAGGUCUAGCUGCUUCUUUUGGUUGUUGGGUCCAUGGAAUUCCAAAGCCUUCAGUUACUUGGCUUUUAGAUGGUGUGGAAAUUCAUAACAGUACUAUCGAUUGCGAUAUUGAGGAAACAGAUACCAUUAUCGAAGAAAAUGAUGAAACCCUUGAUCGAGUUGCGGGUAGCGCUAGAUGGGUGAAUAUUACUUUAUUAAAUGUGACUUCAAAUGCAGCUGGAGAAUGGACGUGUAUUGCCAAUAGUGUAGCGGGAGAAGCUAGAGCAGUAAUAAGCCUUGUUUUGCCUCGAUCACAAACAGCUACAGCUCGAACUGCUCCAGGUAUACCGCAAUUAUUAGGAGUGGUUUUUGGAGCUUUAGGAGCUUUAGCGACAUUAGGAUUUAUAGCAGCUAUAGCUUGCUGGCACUUGAGAAAAAGAACAGUUCCAUCUAGUCGAAGUUUUAUGGAUCAAGAAAAGCGGUUAAUAGAUGCAUCUGUUGUAAUUAGUUGCGACCGUUCCAUUGCUGAUAUGGCUUCACCGUGUGAUUUUGAACUUACUGAAAGAUCAUUGUCUGUUGAUGACCAUCCGAGAGGGUGUAGUUUUGAUCCUGUUCAUAUUACAAUUGAAGGCACACCAGGUGCAUUCCCACCGCCACCAGCCGAAUUUGCAGUUCCAGUUCCUUACGGCAAUAUCUUUAUUUCUGUCCAAGUAUCUGGAAGGAGUGAACCAGCAAAAUAUCCCGAUUUGUUAAGCGGUGGUACUACGUUACCUCGAAGAAGUAGAACAUGCUGUACAGCACCAGCAUACGACAACAUGGGUCCGAGAGUUACAGCAACAGGAAGUUCGACUUGGUCUUUACCUGGUGCUUCAACAGAUGCAGCUGAACAAACGGAAACCCCAGUCCUGACGUUACCUCCACCACCACCAGAAUUUGUUUCACUUUAGCAAAGGCCUCUGGUACUAGACGCUGCAAAUUUGAGGUGACCUAGUACCUAAAACUUUUUAAGUCAAUUAGACUUUUUCCAAAUUUUAUUGUAUUUGUAAUACGAUAAUUUUAAUGUGAUUUAAAAGAAAAAUGUAAAUAGUGCGUGUGUGAACGAUGUGAGACAUCUUGUGAGAUUUAAAUACGUAAGAUUGUUAUCAUAUUCGGGGGAAAUGUAUAUUACAGAGUUUGAUGUGCUACAAGAAUUUUGGACUUUAAAUUUAAAAAGCAUUUAGUCUACUGAUUUCUUUACUAGAUGUUCCUUUUAUGACUUCGCGUAUGUGUCUUCCCAACUUUUGUAAAUACUGUUUAGUCAUGUUUACAAACUUCCCAAAUAUAAGACUGACCUCUUUGUCUUAUUUUCAUCCUCAUUGUAUUUUAACAACUUUAAGUACGACUGUUUAUAGCUAUGUAUUUCAUAGAUAAAUGAUAGCUUCUGAACGUUUUAUUUAAAAGCAAAUAUUGUACGAAUAAAACAAUCACAUUACAAUUC